AUGACAAAGUGCGUCAAGGAAGUCCAACUUCACAACUUUUCUGAUGACAGUGAAAUUGGUUACGGAUCUGCAUCGUAUCUUCGAACUGAGUUUAUCGAUGGAAGAGUGAAGUGUUCACUUGUAUUUGGUAAAUCUCGCACCGCACCAUUGCGAAAGAUAUCCAUACCACGCCUAGAGUUACAAGCAGCGGUAUUAUUGGUUCGAAUCAGCGAGAUAGUACAGCGUGAAAUUGAAAUAACAUUUAGCAAGAUUUGCUACUGGACCGAUUCAGAAGUUGUGCUAAAAUACAUUCAGAAUGAAGACAAAAGAUUUACCGUAUAUGUUGGUAAUCGUAUAGCCGAAAUCAGAGAAAAAUCCGAAGUGCAACAGUGGAGAUAUUGCCCAAGUAAAGAGAAUCCGAGUGAUGACGCCUCUCGUGGAUUGAAACCAUCGGAAAUGACAUCUGAGUGUCGUUGGUUGGUUGGUCCGUCAUUUUUAAAAGGUCCUGAAUCGAGUUGGCCACAGACAAAUCCGGCGGAAAGAUAUAGAAGAGGAAGAUCCUGA